UUGGUCGCAGCGUUUGCCGUUAUCCGGUUUUCGUUCCGCAUCUUUUCCAUGGGGAAGUUGAAGAUCCUGUGUUUUCACGGCUAUCGACAGACAAGUGACUUGUUUCGCGAGAAGACCGGUGCUUUCCGAAAGAAUCUGAAGAAGCUGUGUGACUUUGAAUUCUUCAACGCACCCAAUUCCAUUCCUGAGGACAAUGGAUUUGCUUGGUGGUUCUCCCGUCCGGACAAAUAUUUCAAAGCACAGGAUGACAGCGACUGCGACUUGGGAUUUAGCGAAUCUGUUUUGGCUCUGCGGGAUUUCAUUCGCAGUCACAACCCCUUCGAUGGUGUUCUGGCUUUCAGUCAGGGAGCCGCCUUUGCCCUUCUACUACAGCUAAUGAUGGAACACAAUUUAUGUGAUUUUGCCGACACUCUACCGAAAUUCACAAUCCUGGUGGCGCCCUUUUUCAGUCGGUCUAAGCAACACCAAAAGGUUUAUGCUUUCAAGUCAUCUGUGCCAGCACUUGUUAUCUACGGAAAAACCGAUGAAGUCAUCCAAGCGGAAAUGAGUGAAGAAGUUCUGGAAUUGUUUGAUCCACCGGCAACCGUUUACGUACACGAAGGCGGACACUUCAUCCCAACACAUACCGAUGCUAGAAUGGUGUACACACAAUUUAUUUCACGAUUUAUGGAAGAAUAAACCCAAGUAGUUUUCUGACUCCAAUCCGAAUUGCAUAUGUGGCUUUU